AUGAACCCCCGCCCGCCCGGCCCCCCCUCCGGCGCGCAAUGGCUUAACCGGAGAGACACGAGCGUCCGGAGCGGGGACCGCGUCACGCUGUGCCAGAGGGCUCUGCAGAUCGUCACCGACCUCUGCCUCACCGAACAUGUGGACCGGGAGAAGUGCUCGGACAUAUUCCCCCUGGAGAGCGGCGUUCCGGGCGAAGGACACGCAGACAUCUCCAUCAGUCUCCUGGCGGUGGUGGUGGGUUUCUGCGGCCUGGCCUUGUUGGCAGUGUCCUUGUUCGUCUUCUGGAAGCUCUGCUGGCCCAUCUGGAGGAGCAAAGCUCUGGCAGGCCACGGAGGAAAUGUCGGCCUCCACGUGGCCUUCCCCGAGGCGCCGCCGCCCCCCGCCUCGCCGCCGCUGCCGGAGUGGAAAGCGGCGGCGCUUGCGGAAGAGAAGAAGAAACACCCGCCGGAGGUGAAAAUGAACGGGAAGAGCUCGGUCAAGAUCCUGGAGGCGGCCAUGAAGAUCAGUCAGACGUCGCCGGACAUCCCGGCCGACGUGCAGACCACCCUGAAGGAGAAGCUGAGCCAGCAGGCCAAAAUCCAGAGACAGACCACCGAGCCCACCUCGUCCUCCAGGCACAAUUCAUUCCGGCGCCACCUUCCUCGACAGAUGAACGUCACCAGUUUUGACUUCAGCGUGGACGCGAUGCCUUUUCGACAGUCCUCCACGGUGAGCAUCGGGAGAAUCAAACCGGAACUCUACAAGCAGAAGUCUGUGGACUCGGAGGGCGAGCCUAAAGAACCCGUGGAGACGUGUGGCAAACUGAGCUUCUCACUGCGUUACGACUAUGAGGAACAGGCUUUGGUGGUGAGGAUCCUCAAAGCCUUGGAUCUGCCCGCCAAAGACUUCACGGGGACUUCCGACCCAUACGUGAAGAUCUACUUGCUGCCUGAGAGGAAGAAGAAAUUCCAGACACGAGUUCACCGCAAGAAUCUCAACCCCACGUUUGAUGAGACAUUCUGCUUUCCCGUUGUGUACGAUGAGCUCUGCAAUCGCAAGCUGCACUUGAGUAUCUACGACUUUGACCGCUUCACCAGCCACGACAUGAUAGGUGAGGUGGUGGUAGACAACCUCUUUGAGCUCUCGGACCUUUCCCGGGAGGCGGUGGUUUGGAAGGACAUCCAUACGGCAACCACGGAGACCGUUGACCUGGGGGAGAUCAUGUACUCGUUGUGCUAUCUUCCCACAGCAGGGAGGAUGACUCUGACAGUGAUCAAAUGCAGAAACCUCAAAGCCAUGGACAUCACUGGAUCUUCAGACCCGUACGUCAAGGUUCACCUAAUCUGCGACGGACGCAGGCUGAAGAAGCGGAAAACCACCACCAAGAAGAGCACUCUCAAUCCCGUGUACAACGAGGCCAUCAUCUUUGACAUCCCUCCAGAAAACGUGGAACAAGUCAGCCUGUCCAUCAUGGUGAUGGAUUACGAUCGGGUUGGACACAACGAGGUGAUCGGCGUAUGUCGUACCGGGCCAGACGCCGAAGGUCUAGGACGGGAUCACUGGAACGAAAUGUUGGCUUACCCGCGGAAGCCCAUCACCCACUGGCACACCCUGGGAGAGUGGGCUGGUCGGGGGGCGAGCUUUGAGAGUCAAGGCUCGUGUUCGUCACCCAAACCUCCACAGACGCCCUGAUGGUGACCACGACGGGUAGCGUGACGCCCCAGGUUAUUCCGCCUCUGAGCCCCCCAGGUGGUAUAAAACUGAAUAUUGGAAUUCUCGGUCAACACACUUCUGUCAACUUUGUUUCUAUGACUUCAAAACAAAAGCAGCCGUGUUGUUAAAAGAUGAAAUCAACUCACUCGCAAAUCUGUCCAGACCCGAGAUCUCUGCGUUACGUUAACCUUUUUACUUUGAAAUGGCACAAGAUGCAAGGGCUACAAGGCUCGGUGCCAUCAAAGCAUUUAAAAAACAAACAAACCGUGAGACUCGGUUUCAGAUUUGCGAAUGCAGGUGACUUAGGGCACAAGGCCCGGGUUCUUAGCUCUCAGAUCACGUAUUAGUCCCAAUCAGACCUGAUGUGGAGAAUGUAGCAGUGACAUGUAGCAAGCAUAUGUAAAAGUAGUAGUACAGAUAACAGUCUUAUGUAUAUUUCUGUCUUUUCAGGACGUGAUUUUAGUGGAAUUGAUUGAAAUCACUAAAAGCUCACAGAUGACUAACUUUACUUACUCCAUUAAAGGCCUACUGAAAUGCCAUUUUCUUAUUUAAACGGGGAUAGCAGGUCCAUUCUAUGUGUCGUACUUGAUCAUUUUGCGAUAUUGCCAUAUUUUUGCUUUAGUAGAGAACAUCGACGAUAAAGUUCGCAACUUUUGGUCGCUGAUAAAAAAGCCUUGCCUGUAGCGGAAGUAGCAGACGAGUAGCGUGACGUCACAGGUUGUGGAGCUCCUCACAUCCGCACAUUGUUUACAAUCAUGGCCACCAGCAGCGAGAGCGAUUCGGGACCGAGAAAGCGACGAUUU